GUUGGAUCAAACUGCCUUUCUUACUAAUUGUGCCUUUGUCUUUCUGGAUCAGGUCCAACAGGCAGUGGGAAGACCACUUUCAUAAGUGAAUAUGCCCUGGAUCUCUGCAUGCAAGGGGUUAAUACAUUAUGGGGCAGCUUUGAGAUCCACAAUGUGCGUUUGGCCAAGAUCAUGCUUACUCAAUUUGCCAUGGAAAAACUGGAUGAACAACUGGAAAAAUAUGAUGAGUGGGCAGACAAAUUUGAGGAUCUUCCACUUCACUUCAUGACCUUCUACGGACAACAGAACAUCAAGACAGUAAUUGAUACCAUGCUCCAUGCUGUGUACAUGUAUGAUAUUACUCAUGUUGUCAUUGAUAAUCUCCAGUUUAUGAUGGGCCAGGAGCAACUCAGUAUCGACCGGCUUGCCCUCCAAGACUACAUUGUGGGUACCUUCCGAAAAUUUGCUACAGACAACAACUGCCAUGUAACUCUGAUCAUUCAUCCCCGGAAGGAAGAUGAAGAAAAAGAGCUGCAAACAUCUUCCAUUUUUGGAUCUGCAAAGGCCAGCCAGGAGGCUGACAAUGUGUUGAUCCUGCAGGAUAGGAAAUUAACCACAGGACCAGGCAGGCGCUACCUACAGGUCUCCAAGAAUCGCUUUGAUGGAGAUGUGGGAAUUUUCCCCAUGGAAUUCAACAAAACUUGCCUUACGUUCUCCAACCCUGUCAAAAGCAAAACUAGGGUAAAGAAAGUAAAAGAGGAUAAUGAUGAACCGCUACAAAAAUCUGUAGCAGCUGCUGAAGUUCCAAAGAAGCAACGCUCCCAGAAACAAUCCAAUAAGAGCACAAAACCUGCCUUAAAUGUAUCACCUGAUGAACCCAACAAGCCUUGAGGACUUGAAUUUUAUUCAGGAAGGAUUCACAACCAGCAGGAUCACUAUGGUUCAUUUGAUUAUAGGAAUAAUCAGUCUAACCGUACAGGCAUUGGUCAAGUUCUUUUUGCCCAGUUGCAGUUUUGUUUCAUUGGAACCAGUUGCAGGAGAGAUCUGUGAACAGUAGCAGGAUUUAUAGCACUGUUUAUUAUUAAGAAAUAAUCUGAAAAGAAACUUGGAUUGUUUCCCCAGGCUAUCCAGAAUAGAGAACAGAUCUAGUGAGUACAGCAGAAAGGUUCAGCUGCAGAUACAGUGGGGUAUGUGCAAGGAAGAGUUGUGUUUGUGUUAGAGAUACAUAAUGUCUACUUGCAACAAGGAAUGAAUAAUAUAGUUGCAGGGCACACCGGUGUACGUAAGUUGUCUUCUGCAGUUCCUAUAUGUACAUGGGGAUGCAGUCAAGGCUCCCUACAAGCUAGUGUGAUAAAUCAUGGUGUGGAAUUUCAAAUGCUAAUUGGAUCCUCUAGUACUCUACACAAUGAUGGGUGGAAAAAUUAAAAUUUCCUGAUCUGGAGAACUGAGUGAUGAAAUUAGAAAGCUUAAAAGGGAGAUGCACAUGCCCAUGUACCUGUAAGGGGGCUAUGGAAAAACCAUUAAGAAAAGUAAUGCAGCUUUAUUCAAAAAACAUUUCUAUACUUUUAAUGAUUUCCACAUUGAUUUUAGUUAACAUUUUAUAUUGAUUAUCCUGGCUUUAUUUCCUGACCCAGCCUUCAGUGGUUCGCAGUAAGAAAUUUACAUUCAGUGUAUUUCCUGCUUAGGAAAAUUCGUAUUGAAAAAGAGACUUAUGGGUGUUUUGUUUCCAUUGUACACAAAAAAAGGAAAAUAUUGUUUUUUAAAAUGAUAAAUGAGCAGGGUGAAAGAUUUUGAUAGGAAAAUAAAGAGUCUUAUUCUG